AUGGCUGCCGUGCCGGCAACACAGCUGCUUUCGCCUCGUUGUGGCGGCACGGUGGACUUCAUCACCGCACUACCGCCCGAGUUGUCCCUGCACGUCCUCCUGUUCGUGCCUCUCUCAGAGGUCGGCUGCACCCUGUCGCUCGUGAGCCGGGCCUGGAAACGGUUCGCAGAUGACGACGCCCUGUGGCGGGCAGCGGUGGCAGCUUCAGCUUUGACAGGAGGAGGAGGAGAAGACGACGACGACGACGGCGCCAGGGGCUUCAAGGCGGUGCUGAAGGAAGCGCUGCUCAGCAAUCCGCUCCGUGAUACAUAUGAGCCUCAGCUCACUCACGGCUGCUACUUGAAGAACCCACACGAAUUGAAGGUGACCGUGGUGGGCGAUUGCGGCGUGGGCAAGUCUGCGUUGACCAUCAUGCUGGUCCAGCAGUUCUUCGUUGAAGAAUACGACCCCACCAUCGAAGACAAUUACCGGAAGAUGGCCCUCGUUAAUGGCCUGGUCGUGUUGCUUGACAUCAUGGACACGGCCGGCCCUGAGGAGUUUACUGCCUUGAGCGAACAGUGGAUUCGAGCGGCGAGUGCUCUUCUAUGCGUCUACUCGGUCACCGACAGGAAGAGCUUCAGGAGCGUCACUGAUCGGGAAGCAAUCGAAGGCUACUGGCCCAUGAUAAAGCGGAUCAAAAAAGACGACCCGUUUUCCUUGAUACUCGUUGGCAACAAAUGCGACGUUGACGAGACGGCAACAAUCUCCGACUGGCGCAGGACAAACCAGGUCCGCGAAGUCACGGCGCAAGAAGGCGCGGCACUGGCGCGCAAGAUGAGCAGCGACCUGGGCAUGCCCGUGCCCUUCCUGGAGACCAGCGCCAAGCUCAACCGCAACCCACCUGUGAACAAAACUUGCCCUUGA